CUAUAGACAUUUUACAAGGACUCAGAGAAAGUGUCAUUUCUGGUACUCCUGAAUAUUACGUAAAUAUUUAUACAGUGCUGGAACGGCGAGCCAGAAAAUCGUCCGGCUAUGAACAAAGUAGUUGA